AUGUCCACCACCACGAGCGACGAGAAGAGCGCUGUUCCCGCGCAUGAUGCUCAUACGCCGGAGCACUCGCUCAACGAGGGCAGCUCGCUGGUCCUGCCCAACUCAUGGAAGUACAAGCAAAUCACCGUCCUGGGCUACAAGCUGCCCUGGAUGGCCUCGCCUCCCGUCCAGCUGGUCAUCGUCUCACUGGUCUGCUUCAUGUGCCCGGGCAUGUUCAACGCGCUCAAUGGCAUGGGCGGCGGCGGCCAGCUUGACCCCACCGCUAACAACCGCGCCAACACGGCACUGUACUCUACCUUUGCUGUCGUGGGUUUCUUUGCCGGCACCUUCACCAACAAGCUCGGCAUCCGCACGGCCCUGUCCUUCGGCGGCAUUGGCUACUCGGUCUAUGUGGCUUCCUACCUGAGCUACAACCACACCAGGAACCUCGGCUUCACCACCUUUGCUGGUGCGCUUCUCGGUGUGUGCGCCGGUCUGCUCUGGUGCGCCCAGGGCGCCAUCAUGAUGUCCUACCCUCCCGAGGAGUCAAAGGGCCGCUACAUCUCCUGGUUUUGGAUGAUCUUCAACCUGGGUGCUGUGAUUGGCAGUUUGAUCCCUCUCGGUCAAAACAUUCACACUACAACAGCCGCCUCAGUCAACGACGGCACCUAUGUCGGCUUCCUCGUCCUCACCAUCAUCGGUGCUGCGCUCGCCUGGGUGCUUGUCGACGCAAAGGAUGUCAUCCGCGCUGAUGGCUCCAAGGUCAUCGUCAUGAAGCACCCUUCGUGGAAGUCCGAAAUUCUUGGCCUCUGGGAGACCUUCAGGACCGAUGCUUAUAUUGUUGCCCUGUUCCCCAUGUUUCUCGCAUCCAACUGGUUCUACACAUACCACUUCACGGAGGUCAACGGUGCCUACUUCAACACCCGCACCAGGGCACUGAACGGUGUGGUAUACUACAUUAUGCAAAUCGUCGGCGCCUACGUCUUUGGCUUUGCCCUCGACUUCAAGGGCGUUCGUCGCACGACUCGCGCCAAGUGUGCUUGGGCUGCUCUCUUCAGCACCAUCAUGAUCAUCUGGGGCUUCGGAUUCAUGUUCCAGAAGACCUACGACCGCGCCUGGGCCGCAGACGAGACCAACCCCAAGAAAGACUGGUCUGACUCUGGAUACGCAGGCCCCUUCGUCCUCUACAUGUUCUACGGUUUCUCCGAUGCUGCGUGGCAGACGUGCGUGUACUGGUUCAUGGGUGCUUUGACCAAUAACGGCCGCAAGCUUGCCAACUUCGCUGGCUUCUACAAGGGCAUCCAGUCCGCUGGUGGUGCUAUCACUUGGAGCCUGGAUGACAACGGUAUCGCGUACAUGACCAUGUUCGCCUCCAACUGGGGGCUUCUUGCUGCUAGCUUGCUGAUCGCCCUGCCCGUCAUUCUCGUAAAAGUCAAGGAUACCGUCCCACUCGAGAAGGACAUGGAAUUCACCGACGAGACCAUUGCGGAGGUUGCCCCCAAAGCACGCAUCUCGACUGCAAACGACGACGUGGAGAAGGUUUGA